ACUAAGGGGAGUGUCCUCUUGUCUUCUGUCAACGUUAAACUGUGCCACUGUGUCGCAAAAAGAAAUAUUUUUCUCUCUGGUGCUCAAGCCAGGGUCCAGUCUCUAAGAUUCCCAGGGAAGGGGGGGAAAGCUUAGUACUGCUUCCUUUCCAUACUCUGAUCACUGUAAAAGCUUUUAAGGUUGUAGUGUGAACGGGGCCUAAAUAAAUAGGAAGGGGAGAAACGGUACAAGGCACCUCUGCGAAGGCCUGCCAGGCCGGUGUUGAUCCUGGGAUCCUCCUCUUAAAACAAACAGGUGCUGCCAAGAAUUACAGGCUCAUGGCAGACAGCCCAGUGACAGAAGCCAGUCCCCCGGGGCUCCCCUGGUAUGUGGCUGGCUCCCAGCUCCUUGGACUGGCCUGUGUAGUUAUCACUGGUGUGUGGAUGGGACACUACCGGGGUGGCUAUGCCUGGGACGGCACUACCCACGAGUUUAACGUACACCCUCUCUGCAUGGUCCUGGGCCUGGUCUUCCUGUACGGAGAUGCUAUCAUGGUGUACCGGGUGUUCCGGAAUGAGGCCAAACGCAGCGUUAAGGUUCUGCAUGCUGCCCUCCACCUCAUCGCCCUCGUCAUCAGCAUCGUGGGUUUUGUGGCUGUGUUUGACUUCCAUCGGAGUGCCAAGAUCCCCAGCAUGUACUCCCUGCACAGCUGGUGUGGAAUGCUGACAUUUGUCCUCUUCUGUCUGCAGUGGCUGCUGGGCCUCAGCUUCUUCCUCUUCGGCGGCGUCUCCGAGCGGCUGCGCCACUGCUACCUCUCCUUGCACGUCUUCUUCGGCCUGGCCCUUCUCGCCCUGGCCGUCGCCACCUGCCUGCUGGGCAUCACAGAGAAGCUGCUCUUCACCAUCACGCCGACAUACUCAGAAUUUACACCGGAGGGUGUGCUGGCCAACACACUGGGGCUGUUGCUGGUGGGCUUUGGGGUGGUGGUGGCAUACAUUGUGACAAAGGAAGACUUCCGGAGACCACUGCACCCAGAGGAAGAGGCAUUAUCCAUGCACUUCAAGACCCUGACAGAAGGGGAAAGUCCAAAUUCCCCUUAAGCUCCUUUCUUGGUGCCCUGCCUGCCAGAUCAUUUAAACACAAUGAAGAUCAUACAUAUACUGCCCUCAUGUGGUCAAAUUUGGGUAUGACAUAUAUGUAUUGUACCAGCUAAUGGAUCCAUUGCUGCAGUAGUGUAUUCAUAUCUUUCACUUUGCUGUAACCUUGAUGUGACUGUGUUUUCUAGCUGUAUUUUAUUAUAAAGUCAUUUGAGUUAUCAUCACUCAAAAAUAUCUGUAUCGGUUUGGAUUGAGUGCUUUACAUUCAUGAGGCCUUCAAAUAAAAGCUUUUUGUCUAUCAUUUGUGACAACAGAAAAAUUCUGAA